UCUAGGAACAGACAACAGACAAGGAACUGGAAGUGAAACUCAAAAGUUUAAAUAAACUAUGUCUACAGUGAGCCUACGUGGCCAUUAGUGAUUUUAGGUGGUACCAUGUUGUUCUAUCUCCUCUUCAUUUUUGUCUUUCUGUUGUGGCCAGCAGAGUCUUCAGAAGAUACCCUCACAGCAAAGGUUGGUCAGACUAUCCUUCUACCAUGUACCUAUGUGGUUAAGUCAGAGCCUGUGCAUAUGUGCUGGGGUAGACAAUGCAAUCUGCUAAGUUGUGGCCAAGUAGUUCUCAGAACUGAUGGACAGAAAGUGACAUAUAAGAAGGAAAAGAGAUACCAGCUAGAAGGUGAUCAACGCCGCGGGAAUGUGUCUCUCACAAUUGAGAAUGUGGCAGAAGCUGACAGUGGGGAAUAUUGCUGUAGGAUAGAAUUUCCAGGUCCACUUAAUGACCAAAAAACGUCCAUGAACUUAGUGGUCAAAUCAGUAGAGACAACCACCUUCAGACUUCAAACACAACAGACUUCAAGAACUGCCCAGUCUAACACCCCAAUGGAAUAUACUUUUUUCUCUGAGACUGGCUUUACCCACAUCACAGAAUUUUUGGAAAUAACGAGACCAGUUACUAAGUUACCAAAGACUGAAGACAUCAGAAGAAUUGGAAUAUAUAGUGGUGUUAGCAUCAUUUUGUUACUAGUCUUAUUUCUUGCCAUUGUUGUCUUAAUUCUCAAAAGAAAUUCCUAUAAGAAAAAGAAGUUGCAGAAGCCCAGUGAAAUCUCCAAGUCAAAUCCACUCCCCAAAAACCUAAGAGAGAUAGCAGAAGAGAGAUUUAGAGUUGAAGAAAAUGUGUAUGGCAUGGAAGAGCACAUUUAUGAAAGUCAGGAUAUGUGAAUAUUCAAGAGUAGCAUCAGGACUUCAGAAGCCAGAAGUGACUCCAAUGACCUCCUCGAUUGUCUUAUUUCAAGUGUACUGAUCAACUUUAGGUGACCAUGCCAUCCCACUGCUCAAACAUCUUUAAUUGGCCCAUGUUUCAUAUAGGACAAAAUACAAAUGAUCAAGUCUGAAAUUUAAGCCCUCCACAAUCAGGCUCCAACUCACCUUUCUAAAUUUAUUUCACAUUGUUUUCCCUUUGUGCACUCUCCGAUUCUACCAAAUUGGUCUACUAACUGUUCCUUGAACUUAAUAUCCCAUCUCCCAUCUCUAUAUCUGUGCAUCUUCUGUGUCUGGAGUGUGUAGAGGGCUUCAUUUCCAUCAAGGUAGGACUCAGGUGUGACUUCUAUCAAGUCUUCUCUGAUUCCCUCUGAGUUUCCCUUAUUCCUAUUCCCAUUUGGUGCUUUCUGACUUCUCAGACUAUCUUGUUUUAACUUCUCUGUAUAUACAUCUAUUCCUUAAUAGAAGGUAAGCUCCUUAAAGCGCAGGGACCUAUUUCUGCUUCUGUCUUGUUUUUGUCUUUGUAUUUCUACAUACAGUGCUGUGCCUUGUAGAUGGUGGGUGGGUAUUUAAUAAAUUUUUUUACUUAUCUGUCAUAUUUGUCAAAUCAAAUCAAAUCAGUCAAUCCUUAAAGACAUUAAUUCAGAUUAUUCACUGGAAGGUCAAAUACUGAAGCUGAAGCUUAAAUACUUUGGUCACAUAAUGAACAGGCAGGAUCCAUUGGAAAAGCUCCUGAUGUUGGGAAAGACUGGAGGCAAAAGGAAAAGGAGAGGGCAGAGGAUGAGAUGAUUAGAGGCUGUCAUGGGAACAAUGAAGAUGAACCUGGACUUUGAGAGAUAGUGGAGGAUAGAAAGGCCUGGCGUGCUAUGGUCCAUGGGGUCAUUAAGAGUCAGGCACAACUCAACAACUGAACAACAAUACAUUUUAUAAAAAUUGUGUUGAAUUGAAUUGGCAGUUAAGUAUGUAACAUCAUCAGGAAAGCAGAAAAUUCAUCCAAGAAGAAACCUGCACAUAGUAAAUACACUGUCUAGUAAAACAGUGGAAUAAUAGAACAAAAAUCCUUAUUUUGCAUGAAAUUAGCUUUCUAUGAAUGAGGUUUAAUAUCUUCAGUACUUCAUGCAAUCGGACGGAUGAUCAAAAUUUUCCUACUAACUCUAAAAACUCUUAGAUAUUUGUUUCCUCAUCUCUUUUGCCACACAUUUUUCAUCUAUGACCAUAGCACUUGUCUUGAAGAUAAACGUCAAUCGUUAUAUUUAUUACGACACAAGGAGUAAGUUGAUGAGAUUAGAAUGGGCUGACCGGAAUCCUAGGUGAUUCUAGAAAAUAACAGAAAUCCUGCAAAUAGCCUUAAAAAAAUGUUUAAGGAGCAGCUAAGUAGCAAGUAGAUAAGAGUAUAAGGCCUGGAAUUGGGAGGACCCAUGUUCAAAUCUGAUCUCAGACAUUUUCUAGCUCUGUGAUCCUAAUUGGGUCACUUAAUCCUGACUGUCUAGCCCUUAUUGUUCAUAUGUCUUAGAUUUAAUACUAAGAGAGAAGAUAAGGGGAUUAAAAAUGUUAUUAUUAUUAAUUCUUUUUUGCUAUUCUGAAGGUGACAAACACCAACUGGGUAUCUCUAAGCCAUGCUGCCUCUUCUCUGGCCUCAUUGUAACUCAGAUCCCUCCUUUUAUCUCCCACCCCCAAACUAGACUCUGGGCUCUGACUCCAGAGCUGAUAGCUGAUUCUGGGCCUACUCACCACUUCCUGGUUAUCUGUGCUUUUUCCUUUUAGAAUGUAGACUCCAUAGAAGGAGGGAGAAGGAGAAAGAGAGAGAGAGACAGAGACAGAGAGAAAGAAAAUGAAGAGUGGAAGACAAUAGCAAGGUUGGAAACUAGAAGGAUGUUGGAACCCUCAAAUGGUGGAUUUUGUGGGAAAGAUAAAUGAAAUGAUCUGAGAUCCAAUAAUAAUUCAUUUAGAUUUUUCAUCCUGUAGGGCUCACUCCACUGAAAAUGAAAAAUAUAUUUGGGGGUAGGUAUGAGUACAUGGGGGAGGUCACAUUAGGAUCAUACUCACCAGUGACUUAGGCAGAGUGCAGUCUACUCUCUGACAGAGGGUCCCUCCCACAACCAUUGGGUGCUCUAGGGGCCAGUAGGUGGAUUUCUUGUGAGGGGAGGGUUGUGGAAUUUCUCCAGUGGUUGCUCAUAUAGUCACUACAGGGAAUGCUGAAGUAGUGGUUAGAUAAUCAUCGCCCAGAAGAGCCUAUACCCAGCACAGGAGGUUGGAGUUGGAGGAGAUGGGAGCUUGCACAAGAGGAGGAAGAAGAGACUGGCCUCAUGUUUGGCUGGCCACUGUUGGCUUUUGAGGGGAUAUAAUCCAUCUUAUUACUCUCAGACUAGUAAUAUGCCCUCUGUAGUCUGACCAUAGAGUCCCCAUUCUGGAGACCACUGGUCUAGAUGACUUCUCAGGUUCUUUUCAACUUUCAGUUUAUGAUUCUAUUAUUGAAGUCAUCAUUGUUUUGUGUGGAACUGGGCAGCUGGGUAGACUGGAGUAUGGAGUUUAUAGGGCCUGUAGUCAGGAAGACCAGAGUUGAAAUAUGGCCAGAGAUACUUAUUAGUUGUGUGAACCAAGGCAAGUCACUUAACCUCUGCCUCAGUUACCUCAUUUGUAAAAUGAGGAUAAUAUCUAUCUUCCUUGCUUGCUGAGAGGAUAAAAUGAGGUAAUAAUUGUAAGAUGCUUAGCACAGUGCCUGACAUUCAUUUGUGCUCCAUAAAUGCUAGCAAUUAUUACUAUAAUUAUUAUUGUUGGUCCCAGUGGUCCAACAUGUAAAACAUGAAUGACUUGAUUUAUAUGAACAAUGACAAUAUCCUAUAUGAUGUGUGGAGAGUUGGGACACUCUGUGAACAGGAUCUAUUGUGUAGAUAUGAAGAAAGGCAAAUUAAAAAUUAGGAGAUCUGUGAUUUCAUUUGUGUAAUAUCUUCUUUUUCUUUAUAUAUAGAAAUUCUUGUUUUGUUUGGAUUUGUAAACAUUUGGAAUAAUAAAAAGCUUUUAAAAUUAAAAGAAUUAAACAAUUUUCAACUAG